AGUCCUCUGACCAGAGAGGUAAUGUACGGAUCCACGAGGUCAGCAUGCGGGUCGGACUGAAGAAGAGUAAGGAUUUGUCUGAAGCUGUAGCCGUAGCCAUUGCUGCAGCCCAAGGCAAUGAACAGAACGUCCGAGGGAUUUUGAAAGACCAUCCAGAUUGGGUUAAUUCCCCAUGCAAUGAGAAGAGCCCUCUACAGCUAGCCGUUCAUGGCGGUUUCAUUGACGUUACCAAGUUUUUGAUAGCAGCCGGAGCUGAUCUAGAUAUGACAGAUGAAGAUGGAGAUACCGCUCUUAUGUUUGCUAUUUAUGGCAACCAUCCAGAUAUUGUCAAGUAUCUGCUUUCCAAAGGAGCCAACAUCAAUAUCGUCAAUAAAGAGAGACGUUCGGCAUUGCAUCAGGCUGUGACAAGGUGCUACAUAGAAUGCAUGAGAGUGCUCUUGGCACAUCAUUGCGAUGUGAACAUACAGGAUAACUUUGGCGACACCGCCCUUCAUGAUGCCAUCAGCGGUCAGAGCAAUCCAGUCCUGUCUCUACUCCUAGAGAAUGGAGGCAUAAACUUCAAGCUGAGUAACAAGAGACAAUUCAAUGCUCUUCAGUGGGCAGCCAUGAAAGGCAAUCAAAAUGCUAUCCAGAGAAUUUUGAACAUAGACCCAGAAUUGGCAGGUCUAAGUAACACGGAUGGACGAACUGCCCUGCACAUUGCCGCAAGAAACAACUUUGAGGAUAUCGUCAGGCUCUUGAUUGUCAAGGGUGAGUGCAGUGUAGAUGACUACACAGUGGAUCGCCAGACCCCGCUCCUAUUGGCCGUCAGGGCGGGUCACAUAGAGACCUUGGAGGUGCUUCUCAAGCUGUGGGCCAAUGUGAACUUGCCCGAUGCUGAUGGAGACACCAGCUUGCAUGUCGCCCUUUUGAGGCAGGUCAUAUUCCCGGAUGUUACUGAAACAAAUCUUCUCGAAAAGAUCCGAUCCAGGAUUCCUGAUCAGUCUGUGGCGACCUCUGGUCUUGCCUUAGCCUGUCUUUUGGUCGAGUACAAAGCUGACCUUUGCCAUGUCAACAACAAAGGCCAGACUCCUCUCGACAUUGUCCCAGAUACUAAGAUUCAUGCGGUGCUCAGGCACUUCGUUCCAGCAGCUGGAGGGAGUCCUGGUCGACUAGGUGACACAGAAAGUCUUGAAACUGCACCAUCUAUUCCAGGAGAUGGCUUUGAUAAGUUGCCGAGACAAAAUGAAACUGACCAAGAGCGAGCGCAACGGGAGAAAAUAGAGUAUUACGAAGGUCAGUUAGGAGGCACGCGUCCUGACCCAGAGGGGAGGGAUAACCGGUUUGCAGAUUCGAGGCCAGGGGUCAGAGGAUACGGAGAGAAUCGGGAUGAGGGUACUGUAGCUGGUGAUCGUAAGGAACCCCAGAGUAAGGUGGAUGGUGGUGGUGGAGCAGGGGCAAGGCAGGAGCACAUCCAGCUGCAGCAGGAUAAAGAGAAGCAGUGUCGUCUAGCGCCAUCUUGGAGUAUGCCUGGAAGUGAGGAUGUUACCGUUGAUCCUGCACAUCGUCAUGGUGAUGAUGAUGGUAGCCAGACUCCAGCUCACAUCGCUAAGCAACAGAUGGAGGAGAUGCGGAUAUCGGAGGAUCAUCAAGCAGCAUCACGAGAUAAACCGUUUGCUGAUCCUGCAGGUGAUUCAGCAUCCCACCGCCUUGAAGAUAACCGUGGCCAAAUACCAGAACACAUCACCAAGCAAGAGAGCCAACUUUUGGCCCAUCAGCAAGCACUUCGUGGUCCUGAUGCAGUUACAACUGCACGUGAUGAUAACCAAGACCGUAUCACAGGACAGGAUCUUGAUCAUAUUGCUAUGCAAACAAGGAAAGAAUGUCAGUUCAAUCCAGCCUCACCCCAAGACCCUCAAGAUGCUCCUUCGCCCCUCCGUCCUCCCCUCCCGCAGCUUGACCUGAGCCCACAACAGCAACGGUAUCCGCAUCGGCAGCCAGCUCCAGAUACCACGCCCUCCCCCAUCUCGAUCCAGUCUACUCCUACUCCUACCAGCCUGAUUCCCAACCUGGCCCGGUGUCGGCUAAUUGCCUGUGGUGGCAUUGCUGAUGCCCAGUUUAAACCCUGUGGCCACACCAUUGUUUGUUAUAGAUGCUCCCAAUGCUUCAAGCUGUGUCAUGAAUGCAAGGCAAGUACAGGAAUCACUUCAGUCAAUAAGUGAGAUAGAGGGAGUGCAUAUAGUUG